GAAGGAAAAGAAGGAGGAAGCAAGAAAGAGAUCGCAGCAGGGGUGAAGGGAGCGGACUGGAAGCGAUUUUUGCCGACUCCGGAUUCGUCCCCGGCGCGCGCGAGAAUGGCGGCCCUUCCCGGCACGGUACCGAGGAUGAUGCGGCCGGCGCCCGGGCAGAACUACCCCCGCACCGGCUUCCCUCUGGAAGUGUCCACCCCGCUUGGCCAAGGCCGGGUCAAUCAGCUUGGUGGGGUCUUCAUCAAUGGGCGACCCCUGCCUAACCACAUCCGCCACAAGAUAGUGGAGAUGGCCCACCAUGGCAUUCGGCCCUGUGUCAUCUCCCGCCAGCUGCGUGUCUCCCAUGGCUGUGUUUCCAAGAUUCUCUGCCGCUACCAGGAGACUGGGUCCAUCAGACCUGGGGCCAUCGGCGGCAGCAAGCCCAGACAGGUGGCUACUCCGGAUGUGGAGAAAAAAAUCGAGGAGUACAAGAGGGAAAACCCCGGCAUGUUCAGCUGGGAGAUCCGAGACAGGCUGCUGAAGGAUGGGCACUGUGACCGCAGCACCGUGCCCUCAGGUUUAGUGAGUUCGAUUAGCCGCGUGCUCAGAAUCAAGUUCGGGAAGAAAGAGGAGGACGACGAAGCGGACAAGAAGGAGGACGACGGCGAGAAGAAAGCCAAACACAGCAUCGACGGCAUCCUGGGCGACAAAGGGAACCGGCUGGACGAGGGCUCAGAUGUGGAAUCGGAACCCGACCUCCCUCUGAAGCGUAAGCAGCGCCGCAGUCGGACCACAUUCACGGCCGAGCAACUGGAGGAGCUGGAGAAGGCCUUCGAGAGGACACACUACCCCGACAUCUACACCCGCGAGGAGCUGGCCCAGAGGACCAAGCUGACUGAGGCGCGCGUCCAGGUCUGGUUCAGUAACCGCCGCGCCCGUUGGCGCAAGCAAGCAGGAGCCAACCAGCUGGCAGCGUUCAACCACCUUCUGCCAGGGGGCUUCCCGCCCACUGGCAUGCCUACGCUGCCCCCUUACCAGCUGCCGGACUCCACCUACCCCACCACCACCAUCUCCCAAGAUGGGGGCAGCACCGUGCACCGGCCCCAGCCCCUCCCGCCAUCCACCAUGCACCAGGGGGGACUUGCUGCAGCCGCUGCAGCCGCAGACACCAGCUCUGCCUAUGGAGCCCGCCACAGCUUCUCCAGCUAUUCAGACAGCUUCAUGAACCCAGCGGCGCCCUCCAACCACAUGAACCCCGUCAGCAACGGCCUGUCUCCUCAGGUGAUGAGCAUUCUGAGCAACCCCAGCGCGGUGCCUCCGCAGCCUCAGGCCGACUUCUCCAUCUCACCGCUGCAUGGCGGCCUGGACUCCGCCCCCUCCAUCUCGGCCAGCUGCAGCCAGCGGGCGGACUCCAUCAAGCCUGGGGACAGCCUGCCCACCUCCCAGUCCUACUGCCCGCCCACCUACAGCACCACCGGCUACAGCGUGGACCCCGUGGCUGGCUACCAGUACGGCCAGUACGGCCAGACUGCUGUUGAUUACCUGGCCAAAAACGUGAGCCUGUCCACACAGCGUCGCAUGAAGCUCGGGGAGCACUCCGCUGUGCUGGGACUCCUGCCAGUGGAAACUGGCCAGGCCUACUAGAGCCCCUGGGCCAACCUGCCCCCGCCCAAGUCCCAGCUCAACCCUUACUGAUCCCUGAACCUCCCAGCCUCAGUUCCCUCAGCACCCUGGGGCCCCAGGAAGCCAGGAAAAGAGC